ACGACUCCACCUACGUGCACUUAUACAAAGAAGCAUGUCUGCACAGUAGCUAGUGAUAUACAAUGGAGAAGACGGUGAUAGUGCUAGCUGCCAAUAGUCUCUCCAGUUGCGAGUGCGGGCAGGGCAUCACAUUUGAGGUGACAGGUGCGAGCAGAGGGUCUAAGAGCUCAGCUUCCAAGACUGUCACCAAGACAAUAUGGAGUUGCAGUGUGGAGGCCGUGCUGGAGUACUGUAGGAUAGUGUUCGAUUUGUUCCCUGAUCAGUGCCAGAUGUGUGUAGCGGCCGUAGACGAGGCAAAAUGCCAGCCCGUUAACUCGUGGAGAGACGAGGACCAGGAGAUCGUAAAGGUGCAAAAUGGUUUUCAGAAAUUUGGUGUCCCCUCCUUCCUGCCUGCACAAGGAGCCCCUGUUGGUCGUGGUCACAUGAACCCCUGUCUCCAAGGGUUACAGUACGCUGUACGCUGUCUGGCCCAACUCACUGCUACCCAGUAUGCCGUCACUUCCUGCCCAGGGAUGGCCCCUCCCACUAACCGGGGACGGAUCAUAUUCAUAUGCUCACUCAAGAAUGAGGCUGACGUGCGGGAGAUGGAGAAGGUGAUAGUGAGCAUGGUGAAGGCAGAGAACCAGGACAUCAAGAGCAAACACGAUGUAGCACGCCUCCUCAUCGACCAUUGUCAGCUGACCCUCAUUAACGUCCACUCCCCUCCCUCCACUCUACAGACGGACAUCAAGGACUCUCCACUCACACAGAUCUCACCCCAAGUGUCUUCAGCAAUCUACUCCUUCCCUGCCAAACUCCUUCUCGAGAAAUGUCUUCAUCUGGUCAAGGUCCACUUCAACCUUAAGACCACCAUUGUCACUGGGAUACCUAUGAAGGAAGAGCAGAGUGGCGGUAACUCGGCCAACUACGAUGUGCAGCUGAUCCACCUUGCCGAGGCUCACAGGGACACACUUAGAUCCAGUUAUGGACUGUCAGUGAUAUCCUCCACAAAGAAGGACUCUUCAACAAAGGAUGUUGUGUUGAAGUGGUCCACUCCCAAGUCAUCUUCACUAGAGCUGCAGAGGUGUACCUCCGCCUAUAGGGUUACCCCUAGUGACGUAACCAGUCGUCCCACCAUCUGUCUGAUCAACUUUGUGCUGUCUGGUAAAGCCGUAUUACUAGAGCAACCCAGGAAGAGCACUACCAAGAUCAUCUCCCACGUCCUCACCAGCCACUCAGGAGUGAUCUUCCUGCACUGUAUACCGUCCACGAGACCCCACCUUGAUGACCCCCCCUCAAUCAGCGAGGGUUGGGGGGGACGCAUCACUGACUAUCGGAUAUCGGACUUCAGUGAGUUGGUCAAGGAGAACUCACUGGCCCCCACUCCAGUGGACAGGACAAAGAUACCCAAGGUCUACCCGGAGCAGAUCGCUCUGAGCAAGUUGGAACACGCCACUCGUCACUGGCCCAUGGUCUACGCAGACACACUCAUCUACACACUCACACAGGAGCUGGACUGUCUACCGGCUCUAAUCAAACAAGAGACCAUGUCAGACCCACAGCUGGAGCAAUGCAGACAGGUGAUCACUCAGCUCUAUGAGAAAGAGAAAGCCAACGAGCCGCUGUCAAUACCGACUGGUGGCAGGAACAAAGGGGUUAAGAGAGAUGAACAGUAUCGCAGUCUGUGGUCGGAGCUAGAGGACUUGGCACAUAUGUACAGCUCCAACUCUGAGAGGCAUCGUCACUUGCUAGAGUUCCUCCUUCAGAUGACCUCCCGCUGUCCGAGCAUGCAGCUGCCUAGGAAAACACCUCCCGUCAAGACAGAGAAUGGCAGUACAGCCGCUGAGAGUUCUUCAAAUUGGAGGGAUGUCGAAAAGCACUCCAACGAUAGAGGUGGAAGGUCAGUCAAUGGCUCAGACUAUAAGUGGAACACGAGGACACAGGAAGGUCACAGACCACACCCACUGGUGGACGGAGGACUCCCCACACUCGCUAAACCUGGAGACUCGUUACUGUCGAUGUGGACAAACAGGAAACGUGUCGCGGCUGAUGGCUGUCAUCAAGAGUUUGCCGGCCGUAGCUAUGGUGAAUCAAAGAUUGAGCUUUACAAGAACUUGAGAACUAGCAAUGUUGCACCAUUACUAGACCACGAAUGAACGAACACUCUACAUCUGUGUGUGUGCAUUUACUGUUGUUGUUGUGGAGAUAAAUUUGAUAAAUUUUAUCGAAAAUCCAUGAGCUAGCAUGAACUAUAAUUAUAUGUUAUACAAUGUCAUGUGGUGUAUGUUUGUGUGGGCUGUGCUCUGUUUGUGUUGGUUUGAAUCGUUUCACGAUAACUAUAGUUAGCAAUACUCGUAUGAAAAUUAGACCUUUUUUGUUCAGUUUUUUUGUAAUGUCUGAAUAUCCCCAACUUUUAUUCCUACA